GUCGCGCGGUGUCCCGGCAGCAGCCGCUAUGGCGGCGCCCGUGGGGUACGUGCUGCUGUGCGGGCAGGCCGUGCUGCUGCUCGCCAACCUCCUACUGCUGCGGGGCGCGUCCCGCGGGCUCCCCCACAACGGCACGGACACCGAGGAGCCGGGACCGCCCGCCGCCUGGGCCUACAGUGACCCGCGGGCGCCGCUCGUGCUCUGCACGCACCUCCCCGAGGAGUUCGUCGAGUGCGAGGAUCCUGUGGACCACGGCGGGAACGCCACGGCGCAGCAGGAGCUGGGACACGGCUGCGUGAAGUUUGGCGGCCAGGCCCAUGGUGAGGUGGAGCACACACGGGUGCAGUGCCGAGCGCUGGAGGGCAUCGAGUGCGCUGAACCGAGGAGCUUCCUGCGGGGCAGCCGGCCCUGUGUCAAGUACACUGGACAUUAUUUCAUAACUACUCUGCUCUACUCCUUUUUCCUGGGUUGCUUCGGUGUGGAUCGAUUCUGCCUGGGCCACACGGGCACCGCCGUGGGGAAGCUGCUGACACUGGGAGGCCUGGGCAUCUGGUGGUUCGUGGAUCUGAUUCUCCUCAUCACUGGUGGGCUGAUGCCCAGCGACGGCAGCAACUGGUGCACCGUGUACUGAGCAGUGCCGAGCCAGCUCUGGAAGCAGUGAACAGGAGAUGGACUCCUCUGCUUCUUCUGCCGCAUCGGAGCAGAAUUCUGCCUCGCACAGCCAUGGCUUUACAGAGCUGAGGAACAGCUGUUCUGUUAAUUCCUCUGCACAAACCUUGGACAUGAAGAUGUUCAUUAUAUAUUUUGCUUGUUUAAAAUAAUCUGGAUCCUCCCAGCUUCAAGCAGUGGCUGUUUAAGUGGUGCAACAGAAGUGGUCAAAUGAAUCUUAACGAAGCCCGGAAGGAGCUGACUUCACAUGGGUUUGGUAUUAGCAGAAACCACGCAGAGACGCCAGCCGUGUACCUGGGGUUUGGGUUGUCAGACUUCACAGUUGAGCCUAACACGAAGUUAUGGAGACUCUGAGGCAAAGCGAUGAGCUCCAAUUCUACAUUAUUUAUUAAAAACCCUGCUCGCUGGCUGCAGGGAAGCUGGGUCAGAUCUAGCAGAAGCUGCAGCCUUUGGAGAACAUCGCUUCCCACUCCCUUGCAGGCUGGGAAAGCCAAGUGCAGCCAAUAAAUUGACUCUAAAGACCUCUUGGCGCUUGUGGCCGUUGCUGUCUCUCUCCCUGCCAUGCUCACACUACAGAGACAGCGUCUGUAGGACGCUGCAACCAUGCUGAAGGAGAACCUGGGUUAUUCUCAGCUGCUUUGCUGCUCCUCCUGUCCCCUGCCAUGUGCAGGAAAUGAGUGGGCUUUCCCCAACCUGCUCCAUGGUGCUGCUCGUGGCCGCAGGCCGUGUUUCUUUUCCUUGCUGCCACACAGUCGCAUCCUUUCAAACCAUGACCAUUCAGCGGCAGCCACUGGUGUUUUGAAUAACUGCUAAAUACCAGCGUCACUUAUCAGUAACUGAAGGCUCAUUUCCAGCCAGAGCUGCAGGGAAUGGACGGGAGCAUCCAGAGAGCUGGAGAAGGGGCAGAACUGCUGAGGGAGCUCCCACCUAUGUGCUGGGAACCCCUCUGGCUGCAGCCCACUGCGCGGGGUGGGGGUGGUACUGACAUGAGUGGGAGCUUUGAGCAACCAUGCACCCAGAAGAGGAAGCCCCACCAGAUGCAGUCUGAAAACUGACCAAGCUGAAUAAAAAUGGGAAAAGGAAGCUGCAGUCACAGUCAGAACUGGACACAAGUCUGUACGUGCAAAAGCCUGGUCACAUUUGAUGCAGAAUACAGCAAAUGUAUGCUCUGCUGUCAUGUAAUUCUGCAAACUGAGGGCCCUCCAGCCCUUCCCAUGUAACCGAUUCCUGCCUGCGUUACUCCUGCCUCCAACGGAGCCGCAGUGGGGUUCAGCCUGGCUGGGAAUUCUGCCCAUCCCAGUUUUGGUUUGCGGUUUAUUACAGCCACUCCUCCUCUGCAGGGAACAGAGUUUCUAUCCCAUUUAGGUCACAAAUAAUCUGAACUUGGCAGCUUCAAAUAGGUUGCAGGGCGGUGGGGUGGGGGGAGCUUCACCAUGAAACACCACAUUCCUCAGGCCAGUGGAACAACAGGGCUGCAAAUCCCAAGGAAGGGAGUGGGGGAAUUGGGCAGCGAGCCAGAAAGAAAAGAAUAAUAAAUCCUGUGUGCAAACGCUCAUAAUCAUUAACAUCUCCUGUGUCCUCACCCCAGGCAGCAGCAGGACUUCAGAUUCCUGCUGCGUGCGAGGCUGGCAUUGCCUACGCUACUCCAGUGUCCACAAGGAGCGUGCUCAGCCUGUCUGCUCUGGAAAAACUGAUGCUGAAAGCCAAAUACCCCAGUAAAAGAAGUGUUUAAACCAAAAGCUUUACGGGAUGCACUUACCCACAGAAGGACUUGAGCUGAGCAAUGGCUGGAGCUGUCUUAACACCAGCAGCAAGAAAAUCGAACUCAACUCUCAGGCUGGGAGCAUGCACAGCGCCCGGAGGCAGUUUCCACUCUGCUCUGUCCUGGUCCUCACCAAACACCGGCUCUGGGUGCAGGGGGCUGUUUCUCACCCAGACUCCAUCCCCUUGUUUUGCAGCAGUGAUGAGAUCAAACACUUUUCAAAGCAGAGCCCGGGAUGGCCCCUCACCCUCCCCUCGAUGCUUUCCCCACUGAAGCUGUCUGGGGGUGUUUUGGGGCAC